AUGCUAACAGUCAACGUCAACAGGCGCAGAGUGAGCCGAUCUGCCGCUGAGAUCGUUGUCUUGGAAAGACACGUGCAGGUACGUCGACUCGGCCCUCUUACUCAAAACGUUCAGUUCCAAACCUCUUUCCCCUUUCAUCACCAGCUCACUGAAAUAGGUCUAGUUCAUCGAAAAUCAUCCAACCCGAUCGAGAACAAAGUCAAGCCCUUUGAUAUGGCCGACAUCACUGAUCCGUCUCAACUCGACCACGGUUCUCCCAUUGACGACCCGACCGGCAACGGCGAGUCCCGCGGCACCAAGCGUCCUCGUGCCUCCGCUGCAGCUGACGAUGAUGACGACGAUGACGAGAAGGGAGGCCGUGAGCGGCGCAAGAUCGAGAUCAAGUUCAUUCAAGACAAGUCCCGACGACACAUCACCUUCUCCAAGCGAAAGGCUGGCAUUAUGAAGAAGGCGUACGAACUCUCUGUGCUCACUGGUACCCAAGUCCUUCUGCUGGUCGUGUCGGAGACUGGCCUUGUCUACACAUUUACCACUCCCAAAUUGCAACCCCUCGUCACCAAACCAGAAGGCAAGAACUUGAUCCAGGCAUGUCUCAACGCUGCAGAUCCAGCUGGCGAUCAAAAUGGCGUCGACACUGGCGAUGUUCCCGAAUCUCCCGAAGAUGUUACCUCCCUCCCUCCCAACCAUGGUGGCAUGGCUCGCGGUGUUCCUCAAGGUGGUUACAUGCCUCAACAACAGGUCAAUGAUCCUUACUACGGUAUGCAGGCUCAAGGCGGUCAAUAUGCCGGCAUGCCUGGAAUGCCACAACAUCAACGCGGCGCCGUCUAG